AUGGCAGCUAAAGGUUAUGAUAUUUUUGACGGUGAUGACGAUGUUGUUGUUACUGGUGAUGAUAGUGGUGGCGAUGUUGUUCCCUUUGGUGGUGGCGAUGUUGUUAUUACUGGUGGUGGUAGUGGUGGCGAUGUUGUUGCUAUUGGUGGUGGCGAUGUUGCUGUUACUAGUGGUGGUACUGGUGGCAAUGUUGUUGCUAUUGAUGGUGGUAGCGGUGGAGAUGUUGUUGUUACUGGUGGUGGUAGUGGUGGCGAUGUUGCUGUUACUAGUGGUGGUAGUGGUGGCGAUGUUGCUGUUACUAGUGGUGGUACUGGUGGCGAUGUUGCUGUUACUAGUGGUGGUACUGGUGGCGAUGUUGUUGCUAUUGAUGGUGGCAGUGGUGGAGAUGUUAUUGUUACUGGUGGUGGUAGUGGUGGCGAUGUUGUUCCUGGUGGUGGUGGUGGCAGUGAUGUUGUUACUGGUGGUGGUAGUUGCGGCAAUGUUGUUACUAUCGAUGAAGGUGGUAGCGGUGGAUGUGGUGCUACUGGUGGCGAUGUUGCUGUUACUAGUGGUGGUACUGGUGGCGAUGUUGCUGUUACUAGUGGUGGUACUGGUGGCGAUGUUGUUGCUAUUGAUGGUGGCAGCAGUGGAGAUGUUAUUGUUACUGGUGGUGGUAGUGGUGGCGAUGUUGUUCCUGGUGGUGGUUGCGGCAAUGCUGUUGUUACUGGUGGUGGUAGUUGCGGCAAUGUUGUUACUAUUGAUGGUGGCGAUGUUGUUCUUACUGGUGGUGGCAGUGGUCAAGAUGUUGUUGCUAUUGGUGGUGAUAGUGGUCGACAUUAUGUUAUUGAUGGUGAGAGUGGUCGACAUGUUAUUGCUAUUGGUAGUGGUGGUGAUGUUGUUGCUAUUGGUGAUGAUAAUGGUCGACAUAUUGUGGCUAUUGGUGGUGACAGUGGUCGACAUGUUGCGGCUACUGGUGGUGAUAGUGGUCGAGAUUUUGUGGCUACUGGUGGUGAUAGUGGUCGAGAUGUUGUUGCUAUUGGUGGUGAUAGUGGUCGACAUGUUGUUGCUAUUGGUGAUGAUAAUGGUCGACAUGUUGCGGCUACUGGUGGUGAUAGUGGUCGAGAUUUUGUGGCUACUGGUGGUGAUAGUGGUCGACAUGUUGUUGCUACUGGUGGUGAUAGUGGUCGAGAUGUUGUUGCUAUUGGUGGUGAUAGUGGUCGACAUAUUGUUGCUACUGGUGGUGAUAGUGGUCGACAUGUUGCGGCUAUUGGUGGUGAUAGUGAUCAACAUGUGGCUAUUGGUGGUGAUAGUGGUCGACAUGUUGCUACUGGUAGUGAUAGUGGUCGACAUGUUGCGGCUAUUGGUGGUGAUAGUGGUCGUCGACAUGUUGCGGCUAUUGGUGGUGAUAGUGGUUGA